AUGGCUCGGGUGUAUGCUGAUGUGAAUGCUCUCCUUGGACCGGCGUGGUUCGAUUAUGAAAGAAUUACGAUUGAUUGGAAUGUGCCUGACCGUUACGAAUUAGUCCGACGCAUUGGAGGUGGCAAAUAUUCCGAUGUUUUCGAAGGUCUUGAUUCUUCGAACGAGGACAAGUGUGUGGUCAAGGUCCUGAAGCCUGUAGCGAAGAAGAAGAUAAAGCGCGAGAUCAAGAUACUGAGAAAUCUCAGCGGUGGCCCGAACAUUGUCGGUCUGCUCGAUGUCGUACACGAUCCCCCAUCGCGAUCGAAGAGCUUAGUUAUGGAGUAUGUAGAGAACGUAGAAUGGAAGGAGUUGUAUAGCGUGUUGACGGAGAUGGAGAUUAAGCACUAUUUGUUCCAACUAUUGAAAGCUUUGGACUUUGUCCACUCUCGCGGCAUAAUGCACCGCGACGUGAAGCCCGGGAAUAUCAUGUAUGACCGUGAAUGCCAGAAACUCAGACUCAUAGACUGGGGUCUGGCCGAGUUCUAUCAUCCUGGCACAGAGUAUCACCCUAGAGUUGGUUCAAGAUACUACAAGGCUCCCGAAUUACUAGUGAAUAACAGGCUGUAUGACUACAGUCUGGACAUGUGGAGCGUAGGUUGUAUACUUGCUGCCAUGAUCUUCCGAAGAGAACAUUUCUUCCGUGGAAGGGAUAACGAGGAUCAAUUGCUGAAGAUCCUGAAGGUGCUCGGAAGCGCCAACUUCGAGCAGUACCUCAACACAUACGCACUCUAUAUGCAGGCGGAGAACGACGAUCUCCUGUCCAGUUAUUCCAAGCAGCCGUGGACUCGCUUUGUAACGGCAGAUAAUCGCGCGUUAGUUUCACAUGACUCUCUGGACCUUCUGGACAGGUUGCUCCGGUACGAUCAUCAAGAAAGAUUAACUGCCGCCGAGGCCCAAUCGCAUGCAUACUUCAACAUCGUCAGGCUUCAGAUACCCUCAAAUCCUGCGGAAUGCCCAAGCGACUCUGGUUUCUAUUCGAAUUGA